GUCCACUACGAAGGGAAGGAAAAACAAUAAUCGAUGACGGCGUGGCGAUAGUGUGUUUGUGAAAACAAUCACCACACGCCGGGGUCGCCCGCGUCACUGCCACGGCACCACGCCACUCCGGACCAGCGGGGAACCAGCGGGGACCGGCGGCGGACACUCCCCCCCGGGAACCCGGGGCCCCGGGCCCGCGGUACUUCAGUUGCAAAGAAGACGGCCACUAGGAGAGAUAUCGGCAAAGACCCUCACUCGCUCACUGCUCGCCCACCAGCGCGCGCCCAGAGCGACAUCGAGUGUGCUCAUCAAUCAGAUCGUCGUAUAACACCGGCGUGCACUCUGCCGUGAAAGCACUACCGGACCGGCCAAGUCUCAAGCGACAACGAGCUCGGUGCUCAUCAAGCUCACCGUCACCGUGGUGUCUCUGUCUGUCUGCCUGUGUGUGUCUGUCUGUGCUCCGUCGUGCCGUCACCGGCGUGUCGCGCAGCCCAUGCCGUUGAAGAGGUGGUGAGGAGGAGCAUGGUCUGCCCGCUCACCGCCGACGGCCUGGUGCCGAGCCAGGAGCGCCAGGAGCACCGCUGGGACGACGUGCAGCGCUACAUCCUCCUCGGUGGACAGAUCGCCAUGCGUUCUCCGGACCAGGACAGCGGUGAUGAUGGUUUCACGUCCGAAUCGGGCUCCCCGUGCGUAGACGCUUACGGCGCCAUGGACUCUCCCCAAAUGUACGACGCAAGUACUCCAGAGGCUAAGAAGCCCUUCCCGGGCCUGCAGGCCCACCACAACAACAACAACAACAACCCGCUAGCCAUCAACAAUAACAACAAUAACAUCACCAACAACAAGCAGGCCGUCGCCGCCCUCAUGGCUGUGAAGCAGGUCCAGCAGGUGCAACAGGUGCAGCAGGUGCAACAGCAGCAGCACCAACAGCAGCACCAACAACAGCAGCAGCAGCAACAGCAGCAGCAUCAACAACAGCAGCAGCAGCAGCAACAGCAGCAGCAACAACAGCAACAAAAUGGGGCCCAUCAAUUCCACCAUGACCUUACCGACCUCAACUCCCCCGAGAUCUCGCUGGAUCUGCAGCACCUCAUCGACGACUCGCAGUUCAACGAGGGGCUGUUCAGCGAGAUCCUCAACGGGCCUCAGUCGGCGGGCAAGCAGCUGCCGCAGCAGGCGGUGCAGCCGCAGCAGCACCUGCAGCCGCACCUGCUGGGCGCGGCGCCCUACCCGCGCAGCCUGGGCGGCUACAUGCCCCAGCCCGUGCACAACGGCUUCGCCACCAACUCGGGCUCGGACAACAGCUCGUCGUCCGACAGCCCGCCCACCAGUAUCAAGGAGGAGCCCUCGGAGCCCGUCGAGUUCAGGCGGGCGUGCGCGCAGCAGGGGCCCGGGGCCAUCGGCGCCGUGCACGUGCCGUACUCCAACUCCUACUCGCCGCCCAACGCCGCCAACUUCGCGAGCAACGGCGGCGGCUCCACCUUCACCACGCUGACGCCCACCGUGAUGCCCGGCGCCAACGUGCUGCACCACCACGGCCUCGGGCUCAAGGGGCUCAAGGCGUCCCUCCACCACCACCACCACUCGCGCAAGGGCUCCAAGUCCGUGGACAAGGCGAGCGACGAGUACAAGCGGCGGCGGGAGCGGAACAACAUCGCCGUGCGGAAGUCGCGGGAAAAGGCGAAGAUCCGCUCCAAGGAGACGGAGGAGAAGGUGCGGUUGCUGGUGAAGGAGAACGAGCGCCUGCAGAAGAGGAUCGAGCUGCUGAGCGAGGAGCUGAACGUGCUCCGGUCGCUCUUCACCAACGUCGGGGUGGUGCCCGAGCACCUGCACCGGGAGAUCAACAAGCAUUUGGACUCCUUCCAGCAGCACCAGGGGCUGUGAUCGCCCCGGCCCCGGCCGCGACGGCCACCCCUUGCCAGGGGGACCCUAUAACCAAAGACACGGCGAAACGGUGGUGCUAGUGUGGUGACCUAAACAAAGCGAAAACGGACUUUGUGUGACCGACCACCAAACUACCAAAUACACUUUACUUUUAAGGUGAGACGUGUGAGGGGGUACGAGUGCUUUCUCUUGUUUAAACACUUCGUAGUGUAAAAGUUAGUCAAGAUUGUUUUUUAUACACGGUCCGCAAGAGGCACCUCCAACGGUGGUCUCGCGAAGAGCGAAGCAGAUUGGCUGGGACUAAUCGUAGAUCGGCGUGUAGGAGGGCGUCGUGUCGACGUUUUUUACGGUUGUGCUUAGUUGUUUUUCGGUGUUUUGUCUCGAUAGGCUUGGUGGCCGAUGUGCACGCCCAGUUGUACCUUUUGUUGAAAUACGCGCACAACAUUGAAGCCACGUCAUUAAAUACCUAGGCAAUUAGACGUCCAAUUUGUUUCCCUCGUUCAAACCAGUGGUUAAAGACGUGGUUUCUACCUCAACUCUUUCAGUAAUGAAAUUUAACGAUAGGAUUAAAGAUCUCAUUUUCUCCUCUGCCAUUAAAUGGUGAAUAUUUUGUUAUACACGGACACUUUGACGAUGCAGAGAAUUUCCCCUCUCGACUGGGAUCGCUUACCAAGCCUACGGGAAGUGAAUGACUGGGAGAGAUUCUUCAGUAUCCAAAGACGUACCUCGGAAUCCUCUAGGAUUCGUUAUGUAUCACUAUUAGACUGACGAGCGUGUACUUUGAACAAACAUGUUGUGACGUGGAAAAUGUGUGUUUUUUACUACGGCGUGGAGAUUUUUGAUUUUAGAAAAUUUCGCAAAGAAUUGAACCGGUAAUACCUAGUUGCACUAUUUUAUGGGCUUUCUAGACCCUCCACUUCUCAGCCUUAGUAGCCAUAUCAUAUAUCUCUCUCUACUGACAUAUCCGACAAGUACAGUACCAUGAUCGAUAGAUUGUUAUAUGACCUUUGAUUAAAAAAAGUUAGUUGGCCGAUGCACAUUUUCCUGCGUUUGCACUUAUGUCUGUAUAUUUGGGGUAAUCGAAAUACAGUGCCUUAAGAACCGUGAUAUCAGCUAAACUAUGAAAUAUAAAAGGGCGUAUUUUCCUUACCACGCAUACACUGCCUGAUCUAUCGUAUGCAGAAAGUACUGUUUAUAAUUUGUGUUGAUAUUAUAUGAGCCAUUCAUAAAUAUGUUAAUCCGAUUUUGAUGAAGGCUGAAAUAUUUUUAUAUUUUUUACUUUUGAGAAAUCUUUUUUAAAGAUUGUAGUCGCACACAAUCUUAGAUGAGUAUGUAACUUUAAACGGCCACUGAUUAUAACAAAACAACGAAUUGGAUUUAUCAGUCACAAAUUAUACUUUUAAGUUCCCAGAUCUUGAGGUACCAAUCUAGUUUUUAUAUAGGGCUAUAAGAUUUUGAGGCUUACGAGGCCAUUAUGUGCAAAACUACCUUAAAAACGUUUGCACAGCGAUAUAAUUUUACAGUAAUUGUUUGUUAUAUUGAUUCAGUCAAAUACUUUCGUUCUAUGCUUCUAUGAGAAGUAAAACCAUUUACCUGAUUAGACAGUGACGUAUGAUUGUUGUAGUUAAGAGAAAUAUUUUCAUAUAUAAUAAUUUUAUUUUAGUAGUCUUGUUUUCUUUCCUCAUUGUUGGCCUGUGAAACCUCUUUACUUCGAAGUAUUUACCAUUAGUUUGCUUAUUUCAUGUUAUUUUCAGUCAUGUGUCAUGCUCUCCUCUUCUGUCUCUCUAUCUCUUUGUUGCGUUUCCUUUUGCUUCCACUAAACCUUCCCGUGUUGACAAUGCCCGUUAAUUCAUAAGAUACAUAAUCAUUUUACGUCAUCACAGUUCCAUGUUUCACGACCAAGGCCUCCCCUUUCUGUUACCAUAUUAGUGUUGAUUUAUAAAUCUUUAUUUAUGACAGAAUAAGUAUUUGAAACAGUUUCUCUUAACACUGCUUCUGUAUAAUGUGAAUGUCAAACAAGAAGAGUUAUUUAUUCCUGCUGAUUUUUUGUUAAAUGUGUUUAUCAUAAUAAACUUACAAUUUGAUUAUUAAAACUUCAUUCGUUUUGGGACCGAAAAGAAAAUACCCGAAUCAACCAAUCAUAAUAUUACCGUUUUGGAACUUGUUACCAUUAAAUGCCACUUUCGAAUUUGAAAGUAAUGUUGCUGUACAAACAAUACCUGUAUGUGUACUUUCUACCCUUUAUUUAUAUGUAUAUAUAGAGGUAUUGUUCGGAACUCUGGUCCUCCAUUCAAUUAAUUAUCACGAAAUGAACAAAAAUGCCAAGAUCAACUUUUGCGAAGAAAUUGUAUAUUUGCUCAAUACGGUUGUGACAUGAUCCAUCGCUUUAAUAUAAUUAGAUCAAUAGAUUUUUAAUACGGGAAGGGCGGGAAGUUUUUAAGUGAUUAGAAUAUAAAUCUUAAAGUAAUUUCAAAAUCUCGAAAAGCUACUAUUUAGAUCUUUUUCAUCCUAAUUUACUGUAACUAUGUACCAUGCUACCGAACAAUACCAAAUUUUUGUUACCAACGUAAGUUACUGUAUUUUUCCUCUUUCUUUAAAUACCUUCUUCUACUACUGUCCCUCAAUCCGUUAUCGUGUAAGGCAACACAAUCGGCAUGGAGUUGUGCUUAGUGAUGAUUCUGGUGGAGUAGGAAAUAAAUGAUUCAGUGAUGGAUAUUUUCUUGAUUUGAUUGAACUUUACAUAGUAAAGCUACUGAUAAAAUAUGGAAUGUUGUAAACAUUUUUUGUUAAAUCGAUUGAAGAAAAUUAUAUUGUACAAUGAAAUUUUUGUAA